AAAAGGAACGUCACAUCCGGUGACGGUGAGCAUAGGAAUCGCCGAGCGCCAAAAUAAAUGUACUCAUUUGUUGAUUGAUUCAACUAAGUUUUCCGAUGUGUACGACUGGAGAAAUUAUCAUCCUCAGUGAUGAUGACGACUGUGAAGACGUACCACCCAACGAACUCUCGGUUUUCAUCGUGGAGGUGGAGGAUGUGAAGAAAAGUGAGUGUGCUGUACCUCCCACCGCUCUGGAUGAAGACCUGGUCAUCACCUUCUCCCGCAGCGCUGAGGUCCUUCCUCACGCACGCUACGACUGUCCCAUACAUCCCUUCACGGCUACAGAUUGUGAGGUCUCUGUUCCUGUUCCCAAUAACCACCUCAUGUGUGAUCAGUGCUUCUGCUACAUCUGCGACAAGCUGGCCUCAUCGUGUAAGUGGUGGUGUUACAGCGGUUUGUGUCACUGCAACAGCCACAAGAAGAGUGACUUUUGGAACAACCACAGAAACUGUGCGCUGCUGGGAGGACUGAAGACUUUUAACCUCACUUUGUCUGAAGUAGACUCUCACCUCCGAAAUGCAGAAACGAUGCUGCAGAGCUUCAGACAGGAGCUCUCCACACUGUACGGUGUCUUCUUGAAGGGACGAGUGCUGGAGGAGUGCGGUCCGAUCCAAACACGCAAGAAUUGCCGCAUCUUUGAUUACACUCCUGUGUACGAGCAUGUGUCAUCCUUCCUGAACAAAGCAGAUCAACAGGACAGCCGAGCUGCUGCCAUCAUGAUGCUAGGAGCCACUGAGGACUUUAUUAGACAUUUUCAAGUCUCAGGGACUUUCCUUUUACAGUCUCCCAGUGCUGAUGCUGUUAAAGCCAGACUACUUUUAUUGCAGCGGUAA